AUGUUUGCUCCCAGCAGCAGGUGGCUGGUGCUUCUGCUCUUGGAUGCGGCAUUAGCUAUCCCUGCAGCAGCCCCGGUUGCUGUCCGGAAGAACGUCGUCGUCGCCCGGCAAGCCACACCAGCUUCACCCAACCCCACCGCCGCUUGGGUCACCGUCGACGAUUCCGGCCAUGCCAAGACGGUGACGCCUGUCCUAACCACCAUUUCGGGAACCCCCACCGUCAUUUCGGCGGCGCCUCAUGAUGCCACGGCCACUGUCUUUACCUAUAACAACUUCGACGGCGCUGUAACAAGCACCGGCCCUGCCGAGCCGCAAGCCACCAACUCGGAAGGCGCCGGCGCCUUCGCCGUCUGCCACAACACUGAUGGCAAUUACAAGCCUUUCUGCUCGCCCACGAACAACACAACCAUAUAUCCCGGCGGAAUACAUUACAUCACCUGGGACCCGCUAUUUUUCAAAACUUCCGGCUCUAAUACUACUGUCAAGAUCAUGGGCUUCUACAAUGUGAAUGAAACGGACCAAGCCUUCUCGUCAGGGAACAUGGCAGCCGCCUGGGGGUUCUACCAGUGGUCCGUGGACAAGGACCUCCUGACGACAAAAGGCGCUUCGGAUGUCAAUAUCACUCUUCGUAUUGCCGCCCUGCCUAUUGGCGCCGCGGCAGCAGUGUGGGUUACCGGCCCCACGGUGCGCGUCACGUACCCGCCCGGCCGCUUUGACCACAAGACAGAGCCUCCGAGCGGUCCCGCGCUGUACAUUGGGCUGCCGACCGUGCUCGGGGUUAUAAUACUGCUCCUCUGCGGCACAUGCUACUGGAACCGACACAAGCGCCGCAUUGGCCUGGGAAACAUCAUGUCCCGCCGGCGCCACGGAUACGGCAUCGGCAAGAGCCGGCGGCAGCGGACCAAGGCCACCAAGGAGCAGGCCAUCCACUUGAUGGACCGCCAAGAAGUUGGCGGUGGCAUCGGCGGUGCUGUUGGAGAGGGGCGACCGCGCCGGGACAGCGACGCGCUCGGCAGCUUAGCCGGGUCGCCGACUGAGGACCGCCAUUUUGACGACUUUAUUCCUCGCGCGGGCGGCGGUGCCCACGACGGCAAUUGCCGUGAAGGCAAUGCCUUCCGCGACGAGCUCGCGAGGCAGGCCAAGGAGCGCCCAUAG